UAAAUUCGUAUUAAAAAGAACAAACAACAAAAGGCGCAUUUAAAUAAAAUUUUGUAUGAUUUUUUUUUUAUAAAUCAUAAAUUAAUUUCGUACCUUGCACCAAAUCUUGAAUUGGCAAUUGUUUAAACAAAAUAUAUCCUAAAGAUGUCAAGAUUUGGUAAAAUCAAAACUGUUGGCUGCAAAAACUUUGUUACUUACAGUAAUGUCGUAUUUGAACCAUCGGAGUAUCUAAAUGUAAUUAUUGGUCCAAAUGGAACGGGAAAGUCCACUUUAGUAUCAGCCAUUGUUCUUAGCUUGGGAGGUGAACCGAUAUUACUUGCCCGAUCCACGGCAAUCGGUGAUUAUGUGAAAAAUGGUUGCGAAUCUGCUAAAGUUUAUGUUGAAGUGUACGAUCGCGAAGAUGAGGAGGACUCCAAAACAACAACUUUUCAGCGAUCUUUCGAUAUAAAUAACAAGUCUCAAUAUUUUGUAAACGGACAAUCGAUGAACAAGAAGAAUUUUCUGGCAAUUGUUUCGAAUUACAACAUUCAAAUAAGUAACCUUUGUCAAUUUUUGCCCCAGGAUAAAGUUCAGGACUUUGCCAAAAUUGAACCUCCGGAAAUACUUCAGAAUACUAUCAACUCGGUUUGCCAAAGUGAUGAAAUUGAUAAUUUUAUGAAGUUAAAGCAACUAAGAAAUGAACAAAAAAACGGCAUUUCGGAGCAUAAGAUUUUGGUUCAAAAACUGGAUGAAACUAAGCUUCGUGUUGAGGAGCUUAAAGUACAAUUGGAAAGAUAUAAUGCUCGCAAAGAUAUCGAAGAGAAAUUAAAUGUGUGUAACGCCAAGAAACUAAUGCUUGAAAUCGAAAAGUUAAAAAGCGAUCUUUCAGAAUAUGAGAAUGAUCGCAAAAUGGCGAUAAUUCAUUUUAAAAAAUGUGAUCAUGAAUAUAAAGCCAUCAACAAUAAAAAGAAUUUGAUUGAUACCACAACAGAGAAAUUAAAAAAGGAAAUUGAAGAAAGGGACCGUAAUUUGAGAAUUGCCGAGGGGAAAAAAUCUGAAGUAAUACAAAAUAUAGAAGUAUUAAAAAAGAGGAUAAAUGAAGAAAAAUCCAAAUUUGAGAAACGCAAACGUGAAAGGAAGGAAAGAGAAAUUGAAUUAAUUCAUGAAACGAAAAUGCUGGAAGUAUACGCACAGGAUUUAAGAAAUUUAAAAGAAAAUAAGGAAGCAGACGCUCAGCGAAAAAUUGAAAGCGAAAGUAAAAUGAAUGAAUAUAAAUGUGAAACAAAGCGUCUUAGUAAUGAACUCAGAAAUAUUUCGAGUAAACUAAACGACAGCAUUCCUGAGAUACAACAACUAAAAACACGUCUAACACAUUUGGAAAAUGAAACUGAACAAAAAUUACAGUUUAUAAAAAUAAAACAUCCCCAUGUAUACGAAGCAAUUAACUGGUUGGACUCAAAUAUGGAACUGUUCGAGGGCCGAGUUUACAAGCCUUUAAUUGUAGAGCUAAAUGUUUCUAAUCCUGACUUUGCAAAAUACUUAGAAAAUACUAUUAGCCUGCGAGAUCUUCUGGCAUUCUCCUGUGAAAAAACUUCUGAUGUUUCGAUCCUUGUUUCUGAACUAUGUGUUAACAAAAGGUUAAUGGUGAAUGUAUUUCAUGCUCCAACUCCAAAUGAAACAAUUUUUAUUCCAAGAUUGAAAAUUGAACAAAUUCGGCAAUAUGGAUUUAAUGCGUAUUUAAUAGAUCUAAUCAAAGGACCACCAGCAUUAUUAGGUUAUCUAUGCUCACUAUAUAAUUUACAAAAUAUUCCAUAUGGUGCUAAUGAUGUCAAUAACUAUACUGAUCAAAUACCAACCGAAAUUAGAUUAUACUAUGGCGGUAAUAUGCGUUAUCAAUUGUCAAUUUCAAAGUAUGGAAAUAGGGAAAAAUAUCUAAUGCAGGCUCAUAUUAGGGGCAAAGGAUUUCUUUCAACUAAGGAUGACCGAGAAGUAAAUGAAAUUAAACAAAGACUAGCUGCAAUUAAUCCUAGAACUGAUUUGCUAAGAAACCAACGUGCUUCGAUUGAAGCGGAGUUGGGUAAAAUAGAAGUCAGUGCUAUGAAGCAUAAUCAAGUGUUGAAAGAAAUCAGUGGCAAAAUUAAAGAAUACGAGCAGAAAUCUAUCCAACUAAAAAGGCAACAUCAUAAAAUUUCUGAACUUCAAAAGGAUAUAAUCGGUAUUCCCGAGAUGGAAAGAGGCUUAAAAACAAUUGGAUCACAACUUUCUAUGGAGAUAAAGCAGUUGCAGUUUGAAAAAACAGAAGCUUUUGCUGCAUUUCAGAUGGCUAUUGCAAAUAAAACCUAUUCCAAAUUAAAGAUGUCUAUAUUUAGACAAGAGAAUGAAGAGCUGACCAAUUUCAUACAGACAGCAAAAGAAAAGAGAGAUACUGCAGAGAAACGGGUUGAAAUUAUCCAAAACAAAUAUAACUCCGUAAAACGUGACUCCAAAUUAAAAUCGACCGAAGCAAGAUCAUUACUGAACAAUUUGGAUCCAAAUGAUGAACAUUUCCCUCAUCGGGAUUUCUAUUCCAGUCUACCAAAUUCUCUUGACGACCUCCGUGAAUCAAUUCACGACUUUAGUGGCCGUUUAGACUGCAUGGAUAAUCUAGAUUCGCAGAUAGUGCGCGAGUAUGACGAGAGGAGAAAAGAUGUAGAAUCGUUGAAGAAACAAAUUGACUCUAAUGAAGUUGGUGAUACAAAUUUCCAUACUGAAAUCAAAACAAUAUUUGAUAAAUGGUAUCCACAAAUAUAUAAAGUAAUUAUGACUAUUAAUAGUCAUUUUAGCGAUUUUAUGCAGUCCAUGGGGUACGUGGGUGAAGUAAAGUUGGCGAGAAAAGAGGAGUUUGAUUUUGAUACAUACGGCAUAGAAAUAUUGGUACAAUACCGUAAAAAUGUUGCUCUCCAACCCCUGAGCAGAAAUGUACAAUCAGGUGGCGAAAGAGCCGUCGCUAUAGCAGUGUAUACGUUAUCAAUGCAACAUAUUACACAUGUUCCUUUCCGAUGUGUGGAUGAAAUUAAUCAAGGUAUGGAUGCACGAAACGAAAGAAAAAUAUUUGAAAUGUUAGUAGAUGAGACAACUAAAACAGGACGUGCUCAAUAUUUCUUCGUCACUCCAAAGCUCCUGCGUAAUCUGAAAACCAAUGAAAGAAUGUCAGUACAUGUAGUAUAUAAUGGCAGAAUGGUAGAUUCUCAAAAAGUGUUUUCCUUUCAAGCCUGAAUUAUCAUCUUUAAUGUUAUUUACUUAUAUUAGAACUGCAUAUAUUACUAAUGUUAUUUUUUUAUAAUAAUAAAUAUAAAACCUUUUAAUUACUUACAAA